GCCGUUCUCGGUGGCAAUGCUGCCUCGCCAGAUCAAGCGAGUGCCCGAGCGUCUUUUCUGAGCAGACAAAGGCCCAGCAGAGUCGGACAUCCGUGCUACAGAGCCAUCUCAAGACGUCGACAAUGUCAAAACGGCGCGACCACAAAAGUCGCGUGCGUGCCAGAAGAUGAUUGACAGCAGUCACAGACACGUCAUCGUUCACUCAUGGAGGACAGACGGCCACACUCACAGCGCCGCCAUGACGCUUCGACCAGCUCAUUCACCCCUCAACUUCGUCAGCAGUCACAUCGGCCGGCAAACGCAUCGACCACGGCGGAAAUGCCGACGGGCGUUAGCAAAUUGAAAUCUUCGCUGCGUUCAGUCAAGCGUCUCCUGAACAAGGAAGACCUCGCGCCGAACGUGAAAGUGGAGAAUGAGCGUCGAUUGGUCGCGUUGGAGGCUCAGCUUGCCGAAGCUCAGAGAAACGAGACCGAACGCAACAAUGCCAGCCGAUAUCACAAAGUCAAGUUCUUUGAGCGGCAGAAGCUGACGCGACGAAUCAAGCAAAGCCUUACAGCUGUCGAGCGAGCGACAGACGACGACGAGCGAGCGACGGCCCAGGCCUUACUUGACCAGUAUCGUGUCGAUCUCAACUACGUGCUGCACUUUCCAAAGGAUCAGAAAUACAUCGGUCUCUUUCCCAACAAUGUCUGGGUUCCGCACAGUGGAACGGACACGAGUGCUGACAGUACACCUGAGACGACGAAGCGGCGUGCAUCGCUACGGGUGGAAAUAAGCCAACUCAUGGCCAAGGGCAUCUAUUCUGCCGAGCCUGAGAAAGACAAGUCUGCAGACAGAACCGAGUCGCUGCCGCGGAAACGCAAGGAGGUGCUCGCAGGAGCACCUUCAGAUACGAAGAAGAGUAAAGACUCUAAGCCCAAGCGCCCUCCGAUGCCGGACGACUUCUUCGAGUACUAAACAUCGUAUGCAAUCUCGAUUGUUGUUGCUAAUAGUACUUUAGCAUGUAUGCUUUGGCUUCCUCUUUGCUCAGAUCU